AUGUCUCCUCCUCCUCUUCUACCCCGACUAGAUGAAGAAGCUUUAUUUAAUUGGUAUCUUGAGCGAAUCAGGCAUAACAUCUUGGGGCAUAGAGAGACCGACACUCAACAUACAGUUCUUCCUAGCCGUGUCCUAGACUUAGAAUGGGGACAAUCUACAUCUCUAUCUCUCGAAGCAGAUGUCCGUCUGAUAGAAACUAGAGGCGAGAACGGAGAGUACGCCACAUUAAGCUAUUGUUGGGGUUCAUAUCGGGGGUGUAUCACCGAGCAGGCGUCCUACAAGGAUCGAUCAGAAUGCAUCAAGUUCGCUGACCUUCCUAAACUGUUCCAAGAAGCAGUAUAUGUAACCCGAAAAUUGAGGAUCAAGUACCUUUGGAUCGAUGGCUUAUGCAUCAUUCAAGACUCUGAUGCAGAUUGGCAAAAGGAGGCAGCGAAAAUGGGAGAGAUCUAUCGAAAUGGCCAAAUCAGAAUCGCAGCAACGGUUGCGAAGGAUCCCACCGAAAGUUUCUACCCUCUAAAACUAAUUGUUACUUCCGUUCGCACCAAA